AUUCCCAUUUUCCACAUCCUGAAUGCCCGCAUCACCUUCGGAAACCUAAAUGGAUGUGAUGAGCCAGUGUCCUCCCUCCGUCAGAGCCCCAGCAGUGAAGCCCCCUCCCCAAGCAGCGACUCCUGCAGUGUUAGCAGCACCAGCUCUAUAAGUAUGAAGCCACAACAGGGGGACACGGGACAGAGGGACCCUAACACUUCUGGACGUGGCUGUGAGAUGGACCAGACCUUGUUUGAAGCCCCACGAGGGUACAGUGUGGUAGGGAGUUAUCGGGAGAACAUGCGUGAGGAGGAGGACGACCUUCUUCAAUUUGCAAUCCAGCAAAGUUUGCUAGAAGCUGGUAGUGAAUAUGAUCAGGUAACAAUUUGGGAAGCUCUGACAAACAGCAAGCCAGGAACUCAUCCAAUGUCUAAUGAGCGGAAAGGAGAGAGAACCCCCCAGCAUACCCAGCCUUGCAGCCCCCCCCACACUCCAUCUCCAGCAAUGCAUUCAGCACUUAUCAGGAGCAGCUACGAAUAGCCAUGGAACUCUCAGCCAAGGAGCUGGAGGAAGAAGAGAAGCUCAAGCAACAGGAGGAAGAAGAGCUAGAAAGGAUUCUACAGCUCUCCUUAACUGACAAAUAG